CGCUCGCUCCUGGUAGCUGUGCACCCGGGACCCGGCGGCGAACGGACGGAGUUGGAGAGAGCCAUGUCCGCAGAGGUGGAGACAGCGGAGGUGGCCAUUGCAGCCGCGGCCACGGCCGGCGAGGGGGGCGAUGCCCCUCAGCCGCCCUCCAAAGCCGAAGAGAUCGUGUCUCCGCCAACGCCCCCGCCGUCGGAGGCGGCCAAGGAUGAGGUUCCCCCGGAGCGGCCCCCUUUGCGCUGCUUGGUGCUCACGGGCUUCGGAGGCUACGACAAAGUGAAGCUGCAGAACCGGCCAGCUUCCCCUCCAGCUCCGGGCCCUGGACAGCUGACCGUUCGGGUCCGAGCCUGCGGCCUCAACUUCGCUGACCUUUUGAUUCGCCAGGGAGUGUACGACCGCCUGCCCCAAGUGCCCUUCACCCCCGGGAUGGAGGGUGCGGGCGUUGUUAUCGCGGUGGGAGAGGGAGUCAACGAGCGCAAGGUAGGUGACCGGGUGAUGGUGCUGGUGAGGGCUGGGAUGUGGCAGGAGGAGGUGACCGUGCCAGCCAUCCAGACGUUCCCAAUGCCGGAAGCGAUGUCCUUUGAAGAGGCAGCUGCCUUGCCUGUCAAUUACAUCACUGCCUACAUGGUCCUCUUCGAUUGUGGCAAUCUUCGGCCUGGCCACAGCGUCCUGGUGCACAUGGCGGCCGGAGGGGUAGGGAUGGCAGCCAUCCAGCUGUGCCAGACAGUGGAGAACGUGACGGUGUUUGGGACAGCCUCGGCCAGCAAGCACGAUGUGCUGAAGGAGAAGGGGGUCAGCCACCCCAUCGACUACCACACAUCCAACUAUGUGGAUGAGGUCAAAAAGAUCUCCCCCAAAGGGGUGGACAUCGUCUUGGAUCCCCUGGGUGGAGCAGAUACCUACAAAGCUUACAACCUUCUGAAACCAAUGGGUAAAGUCGUCACCUAUGGGGUGUCCAACAUGCUAACCGGCCCAAAACGGAACCUGAUGGCCAUGGCCAAAACCUGGUGGAAUCAGUUCAGCGUGUCUGCCUUGCAGCUGCUGCAGGCGAAUCGUGGCAUCUGUGGCUUCAACCUUAGCUAUCUGGAGAACGAGGUGGAGCUGGUGAGCAGGGUGGUGCUGCACCUGAUGAGCCUUUAUAGCCAGGGCCAUAUCAAGCCCCAUAUUGACUCCGUCUGGCCCUUUGAGAAGGUGGCUGAUGCCAUGAAGCAAAUCCAAGAGAAGAAGAAUGUGGGCAAAGUCAUCCUGGUGCCCAGCUCAGAGAAGAACUACUAGGGGGAAGGGUCCUGGCAGGGGGGGAAAAGAUUGAGGGAGAGAGAAGGGUUUGGGGGACCUUGGGAUGGAGAGGUCAGUAAGUCGUAUUCUUUUGGGUUACUACUGAUUAUCUCUAACUUCUUCUUUCUUUGGCUCUCCCAAAUACACUGUCCUUCCAAGGGUCAGGGAUGGCGUGAUGACCUUUCUCCAGGCUAGUUUAUUUCCUCUUGGUCAUGGCUGCCUCCCCUCCCUUCCUUUUCCCCCAGAAGGUUAGGAAGUGACCACUUGGAUGUAUGGGCCCAACCAGGGGCCCAGCUGCUUCUUUCCCUCCCCUUCUCUUGUUGCCCCGGGCUUUCUGCCCUGCUUGUGCCAAGUUAACUUCUACCCUGCUCCCACCCUGCCUGCCCUAUUGUGUAUGAGUUGGUCUCUGCUUACUCUUCCCCAGUCCUACCCCUAGCUUCCCCCAAAGAAACUGAAAGGCCAGCUCAGGGUGGGGGUAAGGGAGGCAGUCCCCAUGAGUAGCAUUUGUCCCAUCUCAGCUGUGCUCCAGAUUUCCACUCCAUUCCAUCAAGCCCCGAGCUGACUGCUCUCUGGAGUGAUAUACAGGGUGUCACAGAAGUCUCAGUGCCAUUUUAAGGCUUAGCACCUUCAGGCAACACUGGGGAUUUCUGGGAUACCUUGUGUAAAUAGAAGCUACCUUAGUGGUUAAGCCCCAUCAGUGUGCCCUCCUCAUACUCCUGACUUUAUAAGCACAAGUGAGCCUUUCCAAACACAGGGCUCUUCCGCAGUCUUAACCUAGUUUGUGUCUUACACCCUAGGAAGGGACUGGACUGUCCUCACCCCCUUAGGUACUGAGGGAGCCUGGCAGGAGUCCCUCUGACCUCCCCUCUUCCACUGAGUUCCUUAGAUCUGUUCUCAGUGCCUUAACAUCUGAAAGGUCUUGUGCUCAUGGGGAGUAUAACUGCUUCUUCACCCAGGUUCUCACCCCCAAUACUCCCCAGUGCCUUGUUCUGAUGGAGCUGGGGUCUCCAGUCCCACUGUGCUGCCAAAAAUCUGUGUCCAAGGGGGUGAGGAUCCAGACAGCCCAAAGGCUCUGAGGCUCCUGAGAAAGAGAUGGCCCCACCCUUUUACCAGCCUAUCUUUAUCUGUCAGUUUCUGGUUGGGGAGAUCCUUUUUUUCAGCCUUGCAGAUAACUGUGGAAUUUACUAGCCCAGGCUCUUUUAGAGACAAUUGUGUCCAUUUCCAAACUCUGGGACCAAAGGAAAAUUUGAAGCACAUUCCAUCUUGAGUCCUUAUAAGGCCCCAACUGACUUCCACCCCUACAGUGGGAGGCAAGUUUCUUAGAGGUGGCCCUGGAUUUCUUGUUUACAUUGGGGAUUGGUUGGGGAGGGGGGAGGGAAGAGAACGGGAGGCAGAUUUGGGCACCUGCCAGUGGGUUCCUGAACUGGAGGCCAAAUGUCAGGAUUUUGAAGCUGAGGACUGUUGCCCUUCUCUUCUCCCAUCUCUAAAUUUUGAAUUGGGGGAUGAGAAGCUGGUGGCUCGCUGUCCUGGCCACUGCCAAAUGACCAGUGUGGGGGAAAAGGGUAGACAUAUCCUAUCUCUCCUUCAUUUUCUAAGCAAGGCUUAAAGUGAAAUGUGAUUUUUGCUUGUGUGUUUGUCUCCCCCCCCUCCUUCCCCACUGCCGAAGCUGCCUUUGUGUUUGUGUCAAUAAAGCGCUGUCCCUAUCA